AUGGCCUCAAUUCCAUGUACUAUCCAACUAUCCUUCCCCUCAAAACCCAACACUUCACCAUCCUCUUUAUGUGGGUCGACUCAAUGUUUGUCCAAUCUUAAUUCUCAGUUUCUGGGUGGUAAACGGCUCGGAUGGUUCAGACCCUCCAGACUUGGACCCAGUUCUGGUUCUAGAGCUACAUGCUGGUUCAAAUUCGGUAAAAAUGGUGUUGAUGCUGAGGGAGCUGGCAUUUAUGGCAGCCAAACACGUGAUGAUUUUGACCGCGAUGAUGUUGAACAGCCAUUAUUUGUAGUAUGUACUUGCCCGUUGCUGUGCUUUUGCUAUCAUAAAGAUGAAAUGGUUGNAAAUGGUGUUGAUGCUGAGGGAGCUGGCAUUUAUGGCAGCCAAACACGUGAUGAUUUUGACCGCGAUGAUGUUGAACAGGGUGGGCUAAAAACAUUGUUUUUCAGGAUGGCUAAAUGUCGCAUCAGUUCACUGAGAUUGUUAAACUGGUCCCGUGUCCCUAUUGCUUUUGGGCAAUCUUGGAGGAGAUGGAGGUUUCUGGUAUGCUCUUGCACUGCAGACAAAGUUUUCAGUAUGAUAUUUUAA